AUAUAACCAGCGGCACUUUUCCCUAAUAGUAUAGCAACUAAAUGAGCAAUGACAUAACUGACCCAUCAGACUGGCCUACAGAGUAUGCCAGUCUUCGAGAAAUCGAUUCACAUCUGCGUUGUCCCAUUUGUAAAGAGAUGCUCAGGGCAGCUGUCAUGUUACAGUGCCACCAUAACUUUUGCUCUGAAUGCAUCCGACGCCACCUCGACAAGGAGUCCAACUGUCCUGCCUGUAGAAUCCCAACCUCAACUUCUCAAAUGCGUCGGAAUGUUGCACUCGAUGAAAUCGCUAACAACUUUAAGGACUGCAGGUCAAAGCUCCUGAGGAUUUUGAUGGAAAGUUUAGAACCAAAGAGAAAUACUUCACAACAGCAUGGACCUCUAUCUCGUUCAAAUAGUAUGGAAAUCGAUGAUGUUGCCCUGCAACAGAAGAGACGGCGGACAUCAGCCAGGAUGAGUCCCACCAAUAAGUCUGCACCCAAAAUAAGCAACGACGGCAGUAGUAAUUGUAGUCAAGAUCCAAAUAAUAUGAAUAUGGACCUCAGCCUAGCUGAUGAUGAUAAUGAUGAUAGGGACGGAGACUUUGUCGAUGUAUCGUCACAUGAAUCUACGUCCCACCAUAAAGGAAAACAUGUCACUCGUUCUUCAGGACCAGUUCUUCGAUCAAGGAUACCACGUUCAUCCAAUGCAAGUACUCCGCUAGAAUUAUCGAAUAAUACCGCUCCAGCUCCCGAGUUAGUAUCUUCAACGCUACCAGAUUUUGGACCUUCAAACUCAGCCUCAGGUGCACCAACGACAUCAGUACCAGGAUCAGUAUUGUCUAAACCAUCCACGCUUGUAGCUUGCCCAAUAUGUGGGAACGGAAUUCCAUUUACAUACACCAACACUCAUCUAGAUAACUACUGCUUGCUGAAGCAAAACGAUCCAAACUAUACAAUUCCAUAUAAGGUCAUCAUCACACAAAAAUCUGACAUUAUUGCACUCUAUGAAAAAUGUGGGGCUUCAGGGAAGAGUAUUUCUAAUGCCACAGCCAAUACCUCAACAUCAGUAUCCAUCAGUUCAACAACGCCGGGAGGAUCACCACGACGUACCAAUGAUAGUCAAAUUUCUCCAGGGUUAUCAUUCAAUUCGAACGGCGGCAAGAAACCAGUAGCAACAUACCCGGAACCAAAGAGGAUCCCAAAGUUGACAUAUAGUAUUCUCAACGACAAACAACUUCGAAAGAAAUUGCAAGAGCUGGGACUUCCAACUCAUGGUGACAAACAGUUGAUGCAAAAGCGACAUGCGGAAUAUGUCACUAUUUAUAAUGCAAACUGUGAUGCAACGAGACCGCAAACUCAGGCACAACUGAUGAAGGCCAUGGAGGUUUGGGAACGUUCAUAUGAAAAGGAUAUGCAGACAAGAGAAGCUCAAAGAAGAGCAUUGGAACAGCAACAACAAAUUCAACAAAAGGAACUGGCUCAACAGAAAAAGAAAGAGGAAGAGCGCGCUGCAACAGAAAACGAUACGGAACCAGGCACCCCAACGCUAUCCUCAUCCCAAUCAAGCAGUCAGAACGGAGGUUCAAAUCAUGUAAAUAAUGAUGCGGUCGCGGUCGCAGUUGCUACAGCAUCUGCAUUUGCACAUGCACUCAAGUAUGCAGAUGAAUAUGCAGAGUUGAUUGCGGACGUAAAGAAGCGGAUGCAGGCUGACAAGGAAAAGAAGACAUUAGAGGACAACCAGCAGGCGCAGAUGCGGACACAGCCAAACUCAUAAAGAAACAAUAUUAAUAAAACAAAAAAAUAAAAAUAAAAAUAAAGUAAACAAGG